AUUUAACUUUAUUUUCCAUCAUUCAUUCAUUCAUUGAAUUUAAAUGUAAUUUUAUAGAGUCGAGCUUAGUUUUAUCCAUCCCAUUUCCCUUUGUUUCAUUUAAAUCCAUAUAAUGUUUUUUUUGUUUUUUUUUAAAUAUUUAUUUAUAUGCGUUUUGUUUGUAGUUUGUAAUAAUUACAUGGCAUUUUAUUUUCCCUUACGCCUCAUUUUUAUUUUAAUCGGCUCUUUUUUUUUUCCUUUUGUUAUUUAUUUACUUGAAAUCCCGGUUUCCAUGACUGCAGCGUUCCAUUACACAGUCAACACCCUACAAAAUGGCGGCUGCGGCCCUUUAGUGCCCUUCGCGUUGUUCCGGUGUUGAUUUGAGACACAGCCCGGACUCGAGUUACUCCAUCACAGUGUCAGAAGAUGGCGACUGCUGAACCGGAAGUGACCCCGAAUACACCAAAUUCAGAAGAAGAGCAGAGCGAUGCUAGUGGCCGAGAAAUUGUGAGUCCUGAAGAUUACAUCAAACAUCCGCUACAGAACAGAUGGGCUCUGUGGUUCUUUAAGAACGACAAAAGUAAAACCUGGCAAGCCAACCUGCGACUCAUCUCGAAGUUUGACACAGUCGAAGACUUUUGGGCACUUUACAAUCACAUCCAGCUCUCGAGUAACUUAAUGUCCGGAUGCGAUUAUUCACUUUUUAAGGACGGUAUCGAGCCCAUGUGGGAGGACGAGAGGAAUAAACGCGGCGGACGCUGGCUCAUCACUCUGUCCAAACAGCAGCGCAGAGCCGAUUUAGAUCGCUUCUGGCUCGAGACGCUGCUGUGUCUGGUGGGCGAAGCGUUUGACGAUCACAGCGACGACGUGUGCGGCGCGGUCGUCAACGUCCGAACGAAAGGAGACAAAAUCGCGAUCUGGACGACGGACUUCGAGAACAAAGACGCGAUCGUACACAUAGGGCGUGUGUAUAAGGACAGGUUAGGCGUUCCGUCUAAAGUCAUCAUCGGUUACCAGUCCCACGCAGACACGGCCACGAAGAGCGGCUCCACCACCAAGAACAAGUUUGUUGUCUGAAACCUGCGGAACAGCGGUCCUGUAUAAAUACGUGGAAAACCCCGACAAACUAACAACGACGAACCUGACGAAUCGGAACGUUCUUUUCGUCACAGAUCUUUUACAGGAUGUUGUUGAGAAAUUUCUGACAUUUAUUCAUUUUAUAUAUAUAUAUAUAUAUAUAAAAACUGGUGUCUUAUACAACUGUACAGUGUAUAAAUAUGAGACCAUGUGACUAUUUUUGUUUUCUUGAUAUUUUCCCACCUUUUAAAAAAAAGAAGUCAUUAUUACGUAAUUAUUAAUUGAGAAUUGAGGCGUAAUCUCAUUGUUACGUUUUGUGUUCAUUUAAAAAAAAAAAAAAAAAAAAAAAAAAACCUUUGUUAUUUUUUUUUUUUAAAAACUUUACACUUACCAGUACUACACUUUUUUAUUAUUAUUAUUUUCAAGCUAAUUUAUUUCUGUUCAUUUUUUUUUUUUCUUCUCAUUUCCGUUUCAGUUCGUUUUAGCUGAUUCAUCCGGGCGUUAUUAUAUCACAUGUUGUUAUACCGCAUUGCGUUUUUGUUUUCUUUCUUUGCCGUGUUGUACAUCUGUGUGAUUUUUUAAUUUUUUUCUGUUCUGCGUUUCACUGUUUAAAUGAUAACGCAUUCUAAAAAGCGAGUUCGGACGACUCCUGACUCGAAUUUAAAGAUUUGAGUGAUUUACAGAAACAAACAAACAAACAAACAAACAAAAAAAAAGAUGAUGAUUGUAUGAGCAUUGUAUAAGAGACGAGUGUAAAUAAAUUUGUACAGUGCAUUGUCUUAA